UUCCGGCUGGCUCGACACUAGCACCCCAAAUCGCCUUAUGGUUAAGACUUCAACCGUUUUUCUAUGUGUGCGGGAAUUUGUUUGGCCAAAACCACUAACAGACAAGGAACACGACCCACGGAGGAUUUUCCAUCGUGGAUAUUUUGCUGCGUGUGAACACACCAGGCUUUCCCGUCCAUUUGAAGACACACUUCGUCCCCCCGGUCCUGUGAUACAGGUGUUGUUGCCGUCCGGUGACGGAUUUAUCCUCUCAGCUGUCGGGUGUCAGGAGGAGAGGAAGCAAAGAUGCCGAAACCGAUCAACGUCCGUGUGACCACCAUGGAUGCAGAGCUGGAGUUCGCCAUCCAACCGAACACCACAGGGAAACAGCUCUUUGACCAGGUGGUGAAGACGGUGGGACUGCGAGAGGUCUGGUUCUUUGGUCUGCAGUAUGUGGACAGCAAAGGCUACAUCACUUGGCUCAAACUCAACAAGAAGGUGACCCAGCAGGACGUGAAGAAAGAGAACCCUCUGCAGUUUAAGUUCAGAGCCAAGUUCUUCCCUGAGGAUGUCUCGGAGGAACUGAUCCAGGAGAUCACCCAGAGACUCUUCUUCCUGCAGGUGAAGGAGGCCAUCUUGAAUGAUGAGAACUACUGUCCCCCAGAGACGGCCGUGCUGCUGGCAUCAUACUCUGUCCAGGCCAAGUAUGGAGACUACAACAAAGAUGUCCACAAGCCAGGGUACCUUACCCAUGACAGACUGCUGCCUCAGAGAGUCCUGGAGCAGCACAAGCUGACCAAGGAGCAGUGGGAGGACAGGAUACAGACUUGGCACGAGGAACACAGAGGAAUGCUCAGAGAGGACUCCAUGAUGGAAUAUCUGAAAAUAGCCCAGGACCUGGAGAUGUACGGCGUGAACUACUUUGAGAUCAAAAACAAGAAGGGCACACAGCUGUGGCUGGGUGUCGACGCCCUCGGCCUCAACAUCUACGAACACGAAGACAAGUUGACACCAAAGAUCGGCUUCCCCUGGAGUGAGAUCCGAAACAUCUCUUUCAAUGACAAGAAGUUUGUUAUCAAACCCAUCGACAAGAAAGCGCCUGAUUUCGUGUUUUACGCCCCACGUCUGCGCAUCAACAAGCGCAUCUUGGCGCUGUGUAUGGGUAACCACGAGUUGUACAUGAGGAGGAGAAAGCCCGACACCAUCGAGGUGCAGCAGAUGAAGGCCCAGGCCCGGGAGGAGAAGCACCACAAACAGAUGGAGAGGGCUCAGCUGGAGAAUGAGAAGAAGAAGCGAGAGUAUGCAGAGAAAGAGAAGGAGAGGAUAGAGCGGGAGAAAGAGGAGCUCAUGGAGCGGCUGAGGCAGAUUGAAGAGCAGACGAUGAGAGCUCAGAAAGAACUCGAGGAGCAGACUCGCCGCGCCCUGGAGCUGGAGCAGGAGAGAAAGAGGGCGAGGGAGGAGGCAGAGAGGCUGGAGAAAGACAGGCAAAUGGCUGAGGAGGCCAAGGCCGAGCUGGCCAAGCAGGCCGCAGACCAGCAGAAGACCCAGGAACAACUGGCUGCUGAACUGGCUGAAUUCACAGCCAAGAUCGCUCUACUGGAGGACGCCAAGAGGAAGAAGGACGAAGAGGCUGUUGAAUGGCAGCACAAGGCUCUGUCAGCCCAGGAGGACCUGGAGAAGACCAAGGAGGAGCUGAAGACCGCCAUGUCCGUGGUGCCAGCGCCUCUGGGCGGCCAGGCCGAGAACGAGCACGACGAGCAGGACGAGAACCACGCCGAGGCCAGCGCCGAGCUCUCCAACGAGGGCGUCAGCCAGCUAGACCUCCGCAGCGAAGAGGAGCGCGUCACUGAGGCCCAGAAAAACGAGAGGGUGAAGAAACAGCUGCAGACAUUAAGCUCAGAGUUGGCCGAGGCCAGAGAUGAAACCAAGAAGACACAGAACGACGUGCUGCACGCCGAGAACGUGAAAGCGGGCCGAGACAAAUACAAAACCCUGCGCCAGAUCCGACAGGGCAACACGAAGCAGCGCAUCGACGAGUUCGAGUCCAUGUGAGAACAGCCCCUCCGUCCUGGGUACCUGUUCCCUAACUCUCCCCUCAGCGGCUGCUCGAUUUUCACGGACAACAGCUAAUGCCGUCCUAAUAGUCCCACCAAGUCCCCCUCUACACCCCCAGGCAAUGUUGAGAAAUCAUCUUGUCAAACUUUGCCAAAGUCCUGCCCCACAUCUCCGCUCUGAGAGUUUCGGAUGUCUCCACGCCACGCUAACCAAGCAAAUCUCAACACACUGCAGAGAUCAUCUGUGGGAAAAAACUGUAAAACCAAAAUGGAAGAAAUUGGAUUUUUUUUUAUUUUGAAAAAAGGCCAUAGAAAGCUACUUUUGUUCUUUUUGUUUUACUCGAUGACUCGUAUGCAAAGGUUUAGUAUGAUUCCAUGUCUUCAGUUAAAGACGACCUGUCCUCUCUUUGUUUUUAAGUUGAUUCUCUGCUUUAGUUUGACUCGUUUUAUCGAUGGCGCCCUUCUUUUUAGUUGUCUGACUGCGAGGUUUAGUCCCAGGCUACAAAUACAGACGUUUGGGGACAAAGUAGGUCAGUGUCUUACAUCACGUCGAACAUAUCACAAGCUAGUCAUGCUAAUUGUGCUAGCAUCUGUGAGUCUUUAGAGAGCUGAGGUCAUUUCACUCUUCUCAACCAAUUCAAACUGUUAUCUGAAUGUUACAUUUAUAGGUUUAUAUUAAAAAAAAAAGCAACACUGCAGUAUUUUAAUAGUUUCAGGCUGGAGAUGAAGAAUAGCAGCAAGUGAAUGACUCUCAUUGGGAAAAGAGCCAUCCAUCUUGUCUCCUGGCAGGUUUAGAUGAACGAAUGUAGCAAAGGUAUCAAAGGGAAAGUGUUUUUUAUAGCAUGUAACGAGCUUGUGCCACUGAGCUAUUGCCCUCGAGCUUAAAAGUGUUACGAAGAUAAGCUAACCGGUAGUCGCAUAGCCUUGUGUGCUUGUGUGUGUUUUCCAGUCGCAUCCCAGUGUUUCAUUCCCAGUCACCAUCGAUGGUUUUCUCUGCCUACCAGCUCACAAAGGAAGCCGGGGUGUCAAAUGGACAGACAGAGGAACAGAGAGAUGGUGUCCACGCCGUUUGUCUGUCUGUCCAGACGUUUGAGUGUAUGUGCAUGAGUGUGUGAAAGCAUAUAUGAAUGUGUACAGGUGUGGACGCUGAGACCUGGCGCCUCUCUGGCUGGGGAGCUUAUGAAAACAUCAGUCCUCGACCAAGGACAAAUCUCUACCUCAGUAAUGUUAGCAGUGGUGACUGACAGUCAAACACUCAGGAUGUCUCCCUCCUUGUCUCUCCAAAAACAAAAAGUAAGGUCAUGAUUUUACUUGGUGUCUGUUACAUGUUUGAGUGGUGCUCCUGGGCAGGCUACGUGUUGUCAGUUGCUUCGUGGCUGUACGUUGGGUUAAGGAUAUCAAGAGAACAUUAUAGGGAGGAGUAAGUUGGGUUGUAUGGGGAACUUAUCCACAGACAUCAGUCGGCACGCCACCAUAGUAGCCCAUACAACCCCACUUCAAAAAAUCCGAACUGCCCCUUUAAAGGUCAAUGUAAGACUUACCUUCCAGGUGGGAUCUGGGUUGAAAAGUGUUAUUUCUUUAGCUAGCUCUGGUUCGUUCCAGAAACAAAUCCCAAACAAUGAGGAAGAUUGAGAUGUAUUGAAGCUAGGUCAUUUAGUCGUUACCUGACAGCAAGCAUUUGGUGGUGACAGAUUGUGUCCGCAGAGCCGCCUGGACUCAAGAAGGCUCAAGUGUAAAAUAGUUAAUUGCCUUUAUUGUCUGCACACAGCUUUGUCUCCUCUGUUGUUAAAAAAACAAAAAACAAAAGGAGAGGAGGCCAUUUUCUUCCCCUAAAAUCUCAUCAAUUCUCAUCUGACAUCGCGCUCAGACAACAAACUGACUUCAUCUUCUGUGGGGUGGAAAUUAUGUCCCAAGGUGCAUUUUUGAAAUGAGUGAACAGAAAGUUUUCCUUUUUUUUAUUAACAAUAUGACGGAAAAAUGUUUAUUGUAUUAUUUGUUGUGCUCCACGUGACAGCUGGUGCGGGUUCAUAUAUAUUUUUUUUUAAUAGUCCGAGUUUUAAAGUUAAAGCACUUGUCUGAAACGAGACACUGAAGUCUGCCUUUUGUGUUAACGUCACAGUGUCCAUUGUUAGCGUUGUGUUUGCCAUAGCAGGUGAAAAAAAGGAUCCUGUGCUUCCAGAUCAUUUUUGCAUUGUGUUUCAAAAACCCCAAACCAGCAGCACGCAUCGCUUUACAGGACCGCUUCAUUGGAGGGGAAAACUCCAGUUGACAUGUCCACACCCUCAAACCCCCCCCCCCCCAAAGCUCAAGCAGCAGGGCCCCAGUUAGACUCUGUUUGUCUUCACUGUCCCCUCCAAUGAAGCCAGUGUCUGCGAUGAUGCCUGCUCUGGCACCAGCUGUCACGUUUUGCCGUUUGUUUGUUUUUCCAUAUGUUCAUGUUAGUAUUCUUUAAGAUAGAAGGCACAGAUGGAUUACAGUCCAGUUCAUUGGUUCACAAAUAAAAAGUUUUAAAUUUUCA